CUUCCUUGUGAUGAUGUAUCUGAAGAUUAUUUCUUUGGUGUGGCCCUUCUGUAUUUGUUUAUUAAUAAGACAUGUAUGUGAUCAGAAAGUGGCAGCAGUUGAAGUUACCAAAGACAGAAACGGAAUUGAUCAAAUUGUGCUUCGCAACCCUCGAGGAGCUUCAGCUCGGGUUAGCUUGUUUGGAGGACAGGUUCUCUCAUGGAGGACUGAUCAGGGAGAAGAAUUGCUAUUCACUAGUAGUAAGGCAAUUUUCAAGCCACCAAACCCAGUGCGAGGAGGAAUUCCCAUUUGCUUUCCCCAGUUCGGAAAUCGGGGAGCGUUGGAGCAACAUGGGUUUGCUAGGAAGAAACUUUGGGCGAUUGAUUAUAAUCCACCACCAUUGCAUCCCAAUGAUUCCAGUGGUAAAGCCUAUGUUGACUUGAUACUCAGGCCGUCUGAAGAAGAUCUAAAGAUCUGGCCACACAGUUUCGAGUUUCGUCUCAGGGUGUCUUUGUCAGCAGAUGGAAACCUAACCUUGCUAUCGCGCAUCAGGAAUAUUAACAGCAAGCCAUUUAGUUUCUCCAUCGCUUACCACACGUAUUUCGCAAUCUCAGACAUUAGUGAAGUAAGGGUUGAAGGGUUGGAAACUCUUGAUUAUCUUGACAACCUGUGCCAAAAGGAACGCUUCACAGAACAAGGAGAUACCUUGACGUUUGAAUCUGAGGUGGACAGAGUUUACCUCAGUUCUUCAGAUGUUGUUGCUGUUUUUGAUCACGAGAGAAAGCGCACGUUCAUGAUAAGAAAAGAAGGACUUCCUGAUGUUGUGGUCUGGAAUCCAUGGGAGAAGAAAUCAAAGUCCAUGGUAGAUUUCGGAGAUGAAGAGUACAAGCAGAUGCUGUGUGUUGAUGGGGCAGCAAUAGAGAAGUCAAUCACAUUGAAGCCAGGAGAGGAAUGGACAGGCAGAUUAGAACUCUCCAUUGUACCUUCCAGUUGAUGAAAACUGCGGUAACCUCCCUUGAUUUGACAUGAAGAUUCAAAGACAUAUAUCACUAAAUAACCCCCAAUAAACGUUCCUUUCUGCCAUUGUUCAAUCUGUAUUUGUAUGCAAAGAUGAAUGAAAUCAUAAUCACUAGGGAUGUUGAUAAUGAUUUUACUUGUUUAGUCAAUAGGAGAUGUUAGCUUUAGGUUCUCUGUGUGCUAGCAAAGCAAAAGCUGUUGAACAAAAUUAUUUGCCAACAAUAAUUGUAUAAAACUAUAUGCAUAUGAGCUGUGGAUCUAUGUUUUUGUA